AUGCCGGCUGAGCCUGGGCUCCUUACUCGGUGUAGUCGUCACCGCCCUACAACGCGUAAUCAACUUGACCUAGGGUUUGCGAUUUCGGAGUAUCCGGGACUCCGAUCCACGAUCCGUCGAAUCCUACACGAUCCUAGAAAUACAAGGUACAACAUACGUGAGUUUGAGUUUGAUCCAACGGUCCGAACAUACCAAACCCGGAAAUCGCACAAUAGGCAAAAUCUGUUCGAGACUCAAAACGGUAAUCAAUUCCAAUCUGAACACACCUAUGCGCUCGUGACAACUAAGGGAUUAAACUGGGACCCAAUGCACACUGCAACAGCAUCCCAUGCGACACCACACGCACCUGCAGUGUGUGGGUGUCUAAAGCGAUAA